CCGCCGGGCUGGGCGAGGAUGGAGGCGGACGCUGCUUCCCGCUCAGGCUAUUCCCGGGCAGGCGCUCCCGGGAAAGGCUCUCUCCGGGCAGGAUGAGCCCGGGCAGGCUGUCCCCGGGCAGGCUGUCCCCGGGGAGGGCCGUCAGCCCCGCCGCCAUGUCGGGGGGGGCGCGGGGCUCCCCCAUGGCGGUGACGCGCGUUGCCAUGGCGACGGCCGGGCGGCGUUGGGGGGGUGGCGGGAUGACAACAAAUAUGGCGGAGAGGAGCAGGACGGCAGAGACGGGCAGUGCCAUGGGAAGUGAUGAUAUCAUAGCAGGGAACGUGAGCAAGUACAUUGUUCUCCCAGCUGGUUACUGUGGACAGCCUAAAAAAGGACAUCUGAUAUUUGAUGCCUGUUUUGAAAGUGGGAACCUUGGCCGGGUGGACCACAUCACAGAGUUUGAGUAUGACCUCUUCAUCAGGCCAGACACCUGCAACCCACGCUUCCGAGUCUGGUUCAACUUCACUGUGGAAAACGUGAAGGAAUCCCAGAGAGUAAUUUUCAAUGUUGUCAACUUCAGUAAAACAAAAAGCCUCUACAGAGAUGGGAUGGCUCCAAUGGUGAAAUCCACAAGCAGACCAAAAUGGCAAAGAAUCCCCUCCAAAAACGUGUAUUACUACCGCUGCCCAGACCACAGGAAGAACUAUGUCAUGUCCUUUGCUUUUUGCUUCGACCGAGAGGACGACACUUACCAGUUUGCCUACUGCUACCCCUACACCUACACUCGCCUUCAGCACUACCUGGACAACCUCCAGAGGAGGAACAUGGACUACUUCUGCAGGGAAUUGCUGGGGCUCAGCGUGCAGAAACGGCGGCUUGACCUCCUGACAAUAACCAGCCCGGAGGACAAAACUGACCUUGAGAACAGUGUGAUGCAGAAGAAAAUUAAAAUCCCCAAACUCUCUCUCAAUCACAUAGAAGAAGCUGGGGAAGUUACAGAUUACGGGGAAGAAGAUGUGGAGCUUAGACACAGUAAGAGACAAGAUGGGAGGAAACAAAGUGAAGGUACACACAAAAGCAUUGAAGCAGUUGUUGCUCGCCUUGAAAAACAGAACGGGAUGAGUCUCAGUAAUACUUCCAGCCCUGAGGAGGCUUUUAUGGAGGCUACAGAAGGCAUGAACAAUAUGGACGAUGCUGUAGUUCCUCGGAUUCUCUAUGAGGAAUUGCUGAGGAGUUACCAGCAGCAACAGGAAGAAAUGAGACACAUUCAACAGGAGCUUGAGAGAACGCGGAGACAGCUUGUGCAACAGGCAAAGAAGCUAAAGGAGUAUGGGGCACUCGUGUCAGAAAUGAAAGAGCUCAGAGACUUGAACAGGAGGCUCCAGGAUGUACUGCUCCUAAGACUAGGUAGUGGACCUGCCAUUGAGGUUGAAAAAGUAAAACCUGAAUCAAUUGAGCCUGAACCUGAGGUACAGAAGACCUUCAGUGAGGAAGCAAAUACAUCAACGUACUUCCCUGCCCCUGUUCCAGUAAUGGACAAGUAUAUUCUCGAGAAUGGAAAGGUCCAUCUUGGCAGUGGAAUUUGGGUAGAUGAGGAGAAAUGGCACCAGCUGCAAGUAACACAAGGAGAUUCAAAGUAUACAAAAAAUCUAGCGGUUAUGAUUUGGGGAACAGAUGUUCUCAAGAACAGAAGUGUCACAGGAGUUGCAACCAAAAAAAAGAAAGAUGCCGUUCCCAAGCCACCUCUCUCACCUCACAAAUUAAGCAUUGUCAGAGAAUGUUUGUAUGAUAGAAUAGCACAAGAAACUGUGGAUGAAACUGAAAUUGCACAGAGACUCUCCAAAGUCAACAAGUACAUCUGUGAAAAAAUCAUGGAUAUCAAUAAAUCAUGUAAAAAUGAAGAAAGGAGGGAAAUUGCAAAGUACAAUUUGCAAUAAAUUUUGGAUUUUUAAUAAAGUCUUAGUGUUUUA